AUGAUGGAAUCGGUCGGGUCGCUCCUUGCAGACAUUGCAAAUUACAUUGCAGAUGGGCAGCGUAUCCUAGGGCUGGCUGACAAACACCACUGGAGCCAAGACGAAUACGACUUGCUCCGCGCGUUUGAGAGGACGCUGGACGAAGCCAAGAAGGACUUCCAAGAGUUGACGCCGUUUAUCAAGGGCCAGUCGAAUUACGAGCGAGACCGCAGUUUUGAUUCUAUCGAAGAGCUGCGCGCUCUACGAAUCAAGUUCGAGGCCAACACACAGAACGUAAAGGACUGGAGCCGCAGCGGAGGCCCAGUCAACCCGAUAUGGAUACGGGAUACAUCUGCCCUUCAGAAGGACCUUCAUAGAGCCCAAUGCCGAGCAGCCAGGCGUGUCUUUACCAUGACACAGGAAACAACACACAGAUGUCUGGGGGCAUUUUUAGUAAACCGCAAGAUACACGCCAUGAAGGCACCGCAAGCACCAGAGGGCGAAUACCACCAACAACAACAGCUGGAAGACACAAUGGUCUGCAACGCUAUUGGUGUCUUUGAGCGGUUCGGAGACCAGGAUGUAGCGUUUGUUUGCGACUUUUGCGACGGCUACAUUGUAUGGGAAGACCUGGAGCGGGUUCCAACGACACGGUCAAUAUGGAACGGCUACCAACUACCAGAGGGCGACCCGUUGAAUGUAAUACGAGAAUGGAAAGCGGCCGGCAUGGCCCAAUCCAACCAGGAGGCGAAGGAAGUCGUCUUUGCGCCUAUAGCUGUGGCGAACCACAUCCCACCGACCCGCGGAGACUGGCAGGCUAUGCUGCUCUGCCCCUUGUGUGAAGUGGAAGGCAAAACUGCACGAGACCUCGACGAUGAAGAAGAUCCAGACGUCACCAGCAAUCGUUUCGACGAUCUGGACGCGCUGCAGGAGCACAUGGAGUGGCAGCAUAGCACUACCACGUAUCUGCCAGUGGUAGCAAGCUCGAAUAGCUGCAUAAUGAUGUGA